UGCAUAUGGUAUGAUUCAGUCCUAGUCAAACAUUCGGUAGUGUAGCAGAGUAUAUUUUGGUAGUGCCGGAGUUUGGUAUUUAAAUAUUGUCUUUUGGUAUUCGGCAACCGGCAACCACAUGUAUGUACGCUUAAUUGAUUUGAAUUGUGUUGAUGAUCGCUUAAUUCGUUUAGUGUGGGUUGAGUACACUUUGAGAAACGAGAAGAAAAAAAAUGUUCGAAAGUUGGAAUGGUUUAUUGAUUUGAUGAGAGAAAAUAAAUUUGGGGAAUAAUUAUACCGAGCGUAGUGUACGUGAUCGUAUUGAGAAACAUGGCACACCGACAAAUUGUGUUAAGUGAUGGACCCCAGACAAUGUUACUAUCUACCAACGAUCCCUUUACAACCGAACCAAUAUUACAAGAUUUGAUAAUCUGGAUUUACGUUGGUGCUAUAGUUGUCCUAGGAUACAUCCUGAAUUUGAUAAUGAUUGGUGUGUUGUUGAAGAACAAAUGGAAUGGUACAUCUAUUUUCGUCAUACAACUCAUAGUGGUUGACUUAGUAUCGUUGGGUAUCGCCACCAUCGAAAUUCUUUACAUGAACAACAGAAAAUGGAUUUUUGAGCCAGUACUGUGUCCCAUCUAUUUAGGAUUGGAUUCAGUCACAUCAACAGCUUCGAUUUACUUCAUCAUAGCCAUCAAUCUUCACGCCAUAUCCACAUACAACCUUGCAGUGAAGACAAAGACUGACAAACAAAAAUCGCUCAUUCAUCGUCGAUCGUCGGAUUUCCAGCGUUUGAACAAUGAAAAUUAUGAAUCGACUUUGUGCACGCAACAACAGCGGUCAUUAACCAUUGAUUACUCGAAAAAGAAGUCCCGAAUAUCGGUUAUGUGUCCGAUUGUAUUCACAUGGAUACUGUCGGUGUCGGUGUCGGUGCCACUGUUUACGCUGGGUGUGUUACUACCGAACCGUAAGUCUGCCAUGAUUUGUGGUCUGGAAAGUUUCAAUCGCGGUACUAACAUUGUCCUACAACUGUUGGUAUUGUUUAUCCGAAUCAUCAUACCAUCGCUGUGUUUGAUCAUAACAUUUCUGUGUGUGGCCUAUAAGUAUCAGUUUACUCAAAACAAUCGCACCAACCGAUUGAAUAGAGACGUUCGAACCACAUUAAAGUUGGGUGUUGUUUUGUCCGUUGUGUACAUAUUGUUCUGCACACAACGAGUCUACGGUUCGUUGAUGUUUGAAAUAAUGACAAAACCGUUCAUGCAAUACAAAUAUCCCGUCUUCGAUCAAUUGACCGGCAUUGUAUUUUGUAUGGUAAAUUACACAAUACCGGCUGUGCGGCCGUUCUUUUACUUGUAUGUUGACAAGAGUCUUCGGGGUCAAGGUUGUCGGAAUGCCGCUGUAGACAUGUAGAGAUAUUAUGUGAUAAGAUUUGGGACAGAAGCCUUUUGAAAGGGAUUUUAUUUUACAAAAAAGAUUUGUC